GGUGGUCGUUGCAUCAAUGGCGGGAAGAUUCUGAGAUAAGAAAUCCGCCAAAAUUCACUGACAUUUUAUUUUUUGUUUUUUUGAAGGAUUUAAAACCCAUUGAAUUCAUUUCAAUUUCCUCACAUGUCUUUCCUCGAAGAAUUUCAAGCCAAUCUGGAAUCACUACCCAACAUUCUUCAAAAGAAGUAUGCUUUGCUGCGUGAUUUAGAUCAAAGUUUGCAAGGGCUAGUGAAACAGAAUGAGCAACGAUGUGAGCAAGAAAUUGAGGAUAUUAAGCGGGGAGUUAAAUGUGGAAAUAUUACUCCUGAUACUUCACUCAUCCGAUUCUCUGACGAAGCUCUUGAUGAGCAGAAGCAUAGCAUUAGAAUUGCCGAUGAAAAGGUUGCCCUUGCCGUUCAGGCAUAUGAUUUGGUAGACACUCACAUACAACAGCUUGACCAGUAUUUGAGGAAUUUUGAUGAAAAGCUUCGUCAUGAAAGAGGGAGUGCUGCUGCGAGUGGGUUACCAGCUUCUAGUCUGGAUGGUAGUACAAAAUCUGGACGGGGAACAGAAGGUGGUAGAGGAGGGCGUAAAAAAACCCGGCAUGGCCAGACUGCGGCUGCAGCUGCUGCAACAGAAGCGUCAACUGCUGCAACUCUCACAGGAAUGGAACUCGAAUUACCGGUUGAUCCAAACGAACCAACUUACUGUCUCUGCAACCAAGUUAGUUACGGGGAGAUGGUUGCCUGUGAUAACCCUAAUUGCAAGAUCGAAUGGUUUCAUUUUGGCUGUGUUGGUCUAAAAGAACAACCGAAAGGAAAAUGGUACUGUUCAGAUUGCGCGGGCUCGAAAGGUCGCCGAAAAGGAAGAUAAUACAGGUAUCAGAUCAGCAGUGUGCUGCCUUAUUUUAUAUGAAAUACAUUAAAGUCAAAUGUAACUGCAGAAUCCUGCUCAGCUAGUCCAUAAAUUACUUGCAAUUCCAAUCCUUGUAAAUACUGUUUUUGCUUCUUUAAUGCUGGUUUUUUAGCGGCUACAAAAGUUCUGUAAUUGUAGAAUCUAUGGCAGUAGCUCCAAAUCGUUUGAGGCCCCUUCUCAUCCUGGGAAGUUGAUCAAGUUUCUUCAAGAAAGUGUCAACUCAUGAGGAUUUGAAGUGGGCCUUAAAACCAUUUGAAGAUACAGAAUAUGACCACUGUUUUUUAAAUUGUAAAACACACUGAUUUGAUUUGCUGCAUGGUUGGGGAUAAAAAUAGAGAUGCUUAGGCGUCUUUGGAUGUUUGUUA